AAAGGGACUAAAUUGUAAAAAUUUGAAACUCAUAGUACCAAAACUCUUGCAGUUUAAGACAGCAAGAGAGAGCUGCCUGCAGUAGACAAGAAGAAAUCUCUUCCGACAAUACACAACUCUAACAUAGACAUACACACGUAAUCAUCAUCGAUGAUACUUUUGCAGUCUCCAUCGAAAUAUCUCCUUCAGAUCUUGUCUAAUCGCCUCAAAAAUCUUGAGAAAGGAGUCGAACUUGAUUGUCAGUGGGUUGAGUUUGACGAUGUCCGUUACCAUGUUCAGGCAUCUAUGAAGAAUCCACAACUCCUGCUACUGUCAUUGUCAUUGCCCACACCACCUCCAGAAACUGUAUUUAUUGGGGGCCUUCCUCCUGGUGCAAUAGAAGCUGUAAAAGUAGCCUACGGUGCUGUGGUAAAAAUUAUUGAUCCUCCAAAAGAUGGAUAUAAUCUCACAGUGAAAUUGAACUUUUCAAAACUUCCUCCAGACGAAGAGAACAACAAAGCUCUACUGAUAAAGAUUGCAUCCGUAAGGGAAGUGGUACUGGGGGCUCCCUUAAGAGUAGUUCUAAAGCAUCUGGGCGCCAGGACUCUUGCUCCAGAUGUAGAGAACCUCAUGGCCCUUGUACAUCGGCCAAAGGAGUCCUUUUUCCUUGUUCCUCGGGCUGAAAAGGUGACCAUAAUUUUCCCCAUGAGAUUUAAGGAUUCAAUAGAUACAGUUCUUGCAACUUCUUUCCUUCAGGAAUUUGUGGAAGCAAGGCGUGCUGCUGGACUUAACAAUGCACCAUCUUGUUCGUGGUCUGCUUCUCCUCCCUCAGAACUAAAGGAUGGUCCUGCUGAAUCAUUGUGUGUAAAUGCUGGAUUUAUCACCUUUGUCAUUCUUCCUCGACAUGUAGAAGGCAAAAAACUUGACAGAACUGUUUGGAGUUUAUCAACAUUCCAUGCAUACGUGAAUUAUCACGUCAAGUGUUCUGAAGGUUUCAUGCAUACACGAAUGAGACGUAGAGUGGAGUCGUUAAUUCAGGCUCUAGAUCGUGCGAAGCCUGACUCACUAAAGACCAAGCGAAGUGGUCACAGCAGAUCCUUCAAACGACUGAGCCUCAAGGACGGAAGGGGGUAAAAUAUAUCAUACAAAUGGAAUUCAAUUGGUCAAGACCAGUAAAUUCUGCUCGUACUUGAACUACAAAAGACCCAAGCAGUGGCUGUAUUUAGGUAACUAGGAUUAUUGCACUGCAACUAGGCCAAACCUCAGUGACGCAUUCCUUCUGCUCAAUACGUUUUACUAUUGAGAUGUACCCAUAUUAGAUGCUCCUGCUGAUUGUUUUUUCUUAGGUAUAUCUGUAUUUUCUGUAACUUUUUGUAGUAAAUUCUAGGCAAAAUAUAAUUUCAGUUCGCAAAUCGGCUA